AUGAUGGAACUGAUAAUCAUGGUUACCAACAGUAGAACAGAGCUUCGACGUGCAACAAUGUCUCGUGUUGGGAGUGGAAAGGUGGAGGUGGAGGAAGCUGUGAGUGUGGGGGAGGCGGAGGCGCGCCACGCCCAGCUGGUGAGGCCCGGAGGCUUCUGGUCUCCUCAACACUGUGUGGCCAGAUGGUCCCUCGCUCUCAUUGUGCCCUACAGGGACAGACAACACCAGGUGGGCGCCUUCCUGAACCAUAUGCACCCGUUCCUCCAGCGCCAGCAGCUUAACUACUCCAUCUACUUCAUCGAGCAGGAAGGAAUGGACCUCUUUAAUCGGGCCCGCUUGCUGAACGUGGGGUUCCUGGAGGCCCGGAAGGAGGGCCCCUGGGACUGCUACGCCUUCCACGACGUUGAUAUGCUUCCUGAGAACGACUUCCACCUCUACCACUGCUCCGCCCAGCCCAGACACCUCGCUGUAGCCACCUCCAAUAACAAUUACCGGUCGUCCCACAACUUGCCUUACAACACGUACUUCGGGGGCGCGUGUCUGAUGACGGAGGGCCACAUCAGGAAGGUGAACGGCUGGAGCAACAUAUACUGGGGCUGGGGAGCUGAGGACGACGACAUGUGGCGACGCAUCGCCUUCGCUGACAUGGCCGUCUGGAGGUACCCGCCGCACUACGCUCGCUACAAGAUGAUCAAACACAAGUCUCAAGUCGUUAAUCAAAACAGGUACAAGAUGCUGGAACGCAAUACUGGAAGGUUUAUAAUAGAUGGCCUCAACAGCCUCAACUACACAGUGAAAGCGACCACGAGGUACCCUCUCUACACCCACAUCCUGGCAGACAUCGGCUCCAGCAAUGAGAACAGGGACAGUAACCCAGCUGUCGGCAGCAGCAAAUCACGUCGUUCUUGACGUAGAGAGACGGACUGAGAACUGGAGAAUGAAGGUGAACAGUUAUCAAGAGAUUACGACUCAUUUUCUUCAGACUCCAACUUUAUCAUAUUCAUUCUAAGACAGUGAACUGUUGUGUCUGGUAAUGUGUUUAUUAAUAAGAACACUGCUUAAAGUGUUAUAGAACAUAAUUAUAAAAUAAUUCUUAUGAUAGCAUAUUUGCCACCUGAUAGCUGGUCAUGUUUUGAUUUCUGUUUCAACAUGUAUUUAUUGCCUUGUUUUAUUGUACAAAAAAAUUAAGCCCUUUAAGUUUAAGUUUUAUUUUGGGCACAGAUAUGUCUUGAAAUUACUUCAACAUGCCUGGGGCCGCAUGAACAUCAAUGGUGCGUCAAGAUUGAAUGGUAUCCAAGCUAACAUGCAUCCGAAAACUCUUGACCCCGGAAUCAGGGGUCAAGAGAUUGACCGGACUUACCGGAUUGGAACCUGGUAAGCCAGGGCCUCCAUGCCCCUUGGCAUGUCCAGUUCUAGAGAUAUCUGUGCCCAAAAUAGUCACGAGCGCUGUAGUGCACUGGGGUUAAAAGUCAAGUAACUUCCCAAUACAUUUGUUCAUGUGGGGAAAACUGACUCAUGGGAUUUUAUUAUUUAUUUUAAUUACAAUUAUUAAUUUAUUUAUUUAAUUAUUUAUAACUUAAUUAUAAUUUAGUUAUUAAUUUAUUUCAAUAGCAGACUGUAAAAUUCAAAAGUGGACUGUAUGAUUCUAAAGUGGACUGAAUGAUUCAAAAGUGGACUGAAUGAUUCUAAAGUGGACUGUAUGAUUCUAAAGUGGACUGUAUGAUUCAAAAGUGGACUGUAUGAUUCAAAAGUGGACUGUAUGAUUCUAAAGUGGACUG